UCUGAUAUAUAAUUUAAAAAUCUAUUUCUCCAAUUUUACUAUUUUGUACUUGUAUUAUAGAGUCUGUGGUGCUCAACAGUGACUUUUCAUCUCCGGUGCUUUAUCAUCGUUUGUCAGUAUCACUCUGAAGUCUUUACGAAAAAAAAAAACACAUUGCCACAUGAUUCUAGGAAAUGUCUUUAAAAUAUUGGGACCAAAGAGGGAUGAAUGAUCUCUUCGUACUAGGCAGAAUGUUAGAUUUGAAUAUAUUCCUGGAAAUGACAGCAGAUUAAAGAUGGACUUUUUUUUCUUGUUCAUGAAUGAAAACAGUCUAAAUUGCAAGGGGUUGAUUAAAUGUGGAAGGUGACAUUAAAAAACUUUGUGCUGUCUGUGUACUAUAGCAGCAGAGUGCGCUCAGGCUGUGUGUGAGUGUGAGUGUGUAUGUAGGCUCCAGGCUGGAGGCUGAGCAGGAGAGAGUGGGAGGAGCGGAAAGUGCUCCAGUCCAAUCCGGGCCGCCGGGUAAAGCCUCUCCUAUACGCUCUUCCCUCCCUCAGCCCAGUCAGAAAACAGUGAAACCCUCCCAUAGAGGUGAGAGCGCAGAUGUCAUGAGAAAAGCGACCACACGACCAGAGCGCAACGACCGACGCACCGACCGACCUCAGCCCGCCUCCCUGCGCCCAGGUCUGGGAUGCUUUUAGCGCAGAGACGCCUCCACUCAGGGCAGCCAGUGGACGUCGACGCAGAUCAUCAACACUCUUUUCGUUGUUGUUAUUUUUAACCGAGGAUCUUGCCCCAGCGACGCCCCCCCUUUUUUAAGUGUUUAUGUUUGUUUCUUCAUGACUGCUGCUUUGGGAAGCGAGCCUCAGCACCAGCUCCAGCAACGCCAACACCAUGCGAGCCCAAAUCGAAGUUAUACCAUGCAAAAUCUGCGGAGACAAAUCAUCAGGUAUCCACUAUGGAGUCAUAACAUGCGAGGGAUGUAAGGGUUUCUUCAGACGGAGUCAGCAGAACAAUGCAUCCUACUCCUGCCCCCGCCAGAGGAACUGCCUCAUCGACAGAACAAACCGCAACCGCUGCCAACACUGCCGCCUGCAGAAAUGUCUCGCCCUAGGAAUGUCCAGAGAUGCGGUAAAGUUUGGCCGCAUGUCCAAGAAGCAGCGUGACAGUCUGUAUGCAGAGGUCCAGAAGCACCAGGCGCGACUGCAGGAGCAGCGGCAGCAGCAGACAGGUGAAGCAGAAGCUCUAGCACGUGUUUACUCAUCCAGCUUAACCAACGGACUGUCCACCCUUAACCAUGAGAUUGGGGGCACCUACGCCAAUGGUCACGUCAUUGAGCUGCCCAAGGGUGGCCAUGGUAACGGAGCUGGGGUCCCAGGAGGAUACUACGGGAUGGAUUCCACCCAACCGUCUCCAGACCAGUCGGGUUUAGACAUGUCGGGCAUGAAGCACAUUAAGCAGGAGCCAGUAUAUGACUUGACGCCAGUACCCAACCUGUUCAGCUACGGAGGCUACCAGGACAGUCAGCUGGGACCCAGUAACGUCAGCAUGGGAGAGCUGGACCGUAUUGCUCAGAAUAUCAUCAAGUCCCACCUGGAGACAUGUCAGUACACAACAGAGGAGCUGCAGCAGCUAGCCUGGCAGACACACUCUUAUGAAGAGGUCAAGAUGUACCAGAGCAAGCCCCGGGACGUGCUGUGGCAGCAGUGUGCCAUUCAGAUCACCCAUGCAAUCCAGUACGUGGUGGAGUUCGCCAAGCGCAUCUCAGGGUUCAUGGAACUGUGCCAGAAUGACCAGAUCCUCCUGCUCAAGUCAGGUUGUUUGGAGGUAGUCUUGGUAAGGAUGUGCAGGGCAUUCAACCCUCUCAACAACACUGUGCUCUUUGAAGGGAAGUACGGAGGCAUGCAGAUGUUCAAAGCUCUAGGUUGUGAUGACUUAGUGAGUGCAGUGUUUGACUUUGCCAAGAGUUUGUGUUCACUGCAGCUGACAGAGGAGGAGAUCGCUCUGUUCUCGGCAGCUGUACUAAUUUCCACAGAUCGGCCGUGGCUAAUGGAGCCCCGGAAAGUCCAGAAGCUCCAGGAGAAGAUCUACUUUGCUCUGCAGCACAUUAUGCAGAAGAACCACAUGGACGAAGAUGCAUUGGCUAAGCUGAUCAGCCGUAUCCCAACGUUGUCAGCCCUGUGUACGCUCCACACCGAGGAGCUUCAGGCCUUCCAGCAGCUCCACCCAGAAACAGUCAACGUCCUCUUCCCUCCGCUCUACAAAGAACUCUUCAACCCCGACCCCAACUCUGCCAUGGCCAUGCCCAAGUGACUGCCUGUGGUCCCACUGCAACAAACAGAGUCAGUGGAGGACCAAGAAAAUAAGACAACCGCAGCGUCUGACAAGAUGACAGUGGUGGUGUCUACUAUGUCAUCGUCAUGGCAACCACAUACUCCAGAGCUCCCCCAACCUCAUUUCAGGCUGGGGGGUGAGGAGUCAUCUGCCAGAAACUUACAGUUACCGCCAACAAUACUAGGAAUGUCCAGCACUUAUCCCAUCCUGUUCACCGAUACAGUCUGAAGAAUGUAUAUAUAAAUGAAACGCGCCCCCAAGCCACAACCUGAGCGGGGCUUCCUCCUGUCUCCUGAACUGAACUGACUGACCAGAAAUGUACAGACUUUAAAAAAAAAAAAUCUAGGAACAAUUUU